AUGUCUGCGCGUGCGCGCGUCCGGUGUUGCGCAAUUCUUGCUGUCCUCUUGACUCUCGUUAUACAUUCAAGCGAAGAAGAAAUUGACUGUAAAAAAGAUGGACUGUUCGCCGACUAUGAUACAGACUGUCAGGAAUAUGUGAGAUGUUUAUCCGGAAAAGUGAAAGGGCGAUACACCUGCGCUCCCGGAAGGAUAUUCAGUGAAGCAGCGGCCGCCUGUGUUUCAAGUCAAAGCAAUGUUUGCACGCAGCGAAUUUGUGCACCGGGAGACAGUCAUGCAUACACGACGCCAAUGGCCGCGUGCCGCCAUUAUUACCGCUGUGUCAAUGGCACCGCGGUCGAUCACAUCUGUCCCAGUGGAUCCUGGUUCGAUACGGACCGGCAAGCGUGCUCGCGAGGAGCAGGCACGUGCUAUGAACCCGUCUGCGCUGGCUUGCCAAAUGGGAAAUACCCUGAUACCUCAAGUGAGUGCCAUCGCUUCGUGCACUGCCGCGGAGCCGACGUACGUGUUGUAGAAUCCUGUAAGGGCGCUUGCACAUCUAAAUGUCCACCACCAAGACUUACAGCAAUUUCAAUUCCCGCUGGUGACGCAGAUUUUUGCUCUGACGAAGCAUGCGCAUCGCUUUGUCAAAACGUUCCAGAUGGAGCCUAUGCUGAUAGAUCGACGGGAUGUCGUGAAUAUUUUGAAUGUGAAUCUCAUCGAGUGAUUCGUCGGGGCGUCUGCGAACCGGAUCUCCUUUUUUCUGGAACAGGAUGCGAGCCAGCAUCGAUGACCUACUGCCCCCCUCCAGCGCGAAGCCCAUGCUUCAACCGCCAAGAUGGCUUGUAUAGAGAUUGGCGAAAUUGCUCAGCGUGGUACGACUGUCGCAGAGAAAGAGUAGUUUCACGAGGAGCUUGCGAGUCAGGCAAAGUUUUCGACGGUGCGAAGUGUGUUUCGAGAAACAAUUUCUACUGCAAGGGUCCGGAGCCUUCACAACUGUGCGAGGGAAUGCCAAGUGGGACUUACCAGGAUUUGGACUCAAAUUGUACUCGCUACUACCAUUGUGUGGGGAUAAUGCGAACUGUGCUAUCGUGUCCGAAAGGAAAAGUCUACGAUGGCAAUAAAUGUUCUCCAGCGUCCCAGUAUUUGUGCCCCAACUUGGAAAGGGAUUCGUGCUACAGGCGACCAGAUGGUCGAUACAGAGCGCAGGGCGCGGGUUGUCGUGGAUACUAUGCGUGCUUCAAUGGAGAGAAAGCUAUGUACGCGUGCCCACAGGGACAUACAUUCGACGGGGACUCCUGCAAGCCAAGUCGUUCAGACCUUUGCCCUUCUGAAGACUACUCCUGUUCCGGCCUGAGUGACGGAUAUCAUGCUGAAAUUGAAUCUAACUGCCACAGAUAUUUCUACUGCGAGGGUGGCGACCGUUUAGCAACGCUGUCAUGUCUUGGCGGGAAAAUAUUUGACGGUCACGCUUGCGUAGAUCCGUCACGCCACGAAUGCGGCGGGCCCCGGCGAGAGAUCAUAGAGAGCGGGGAUAAGAGCUGCGAGAGAGACGGCUUCUUCGUACAACCAGGAACAGAAUGCAAAAGAUACUACUUCUGCGUCACAGGAAUCAGAACGUUCCUCAACUGUCCCACAGAGCAAGUAUUCAACGGACAAGUGUGUGUACCUCAGGAACAAUAUCUGUGUCCCGGUUGAUAUUACCUUCUCGUUGGCAUACGACCAGAGACAAUGGUCAAGCAACUAUAUGGGACAAGAACUAGGCUAGCUAGGAGUCCAAGAUGUACCUGAUUAUAAGACUGUGAGUCUCGUCUAAGAACGGCCAUAACAGUUUAUUCCUAAGAAUAUGGUAAUGUAGGAGUAGAUAUAUAAUAUUAUAGUCUCGUCAUUUUAGUCGAAUUGUCAAGUCUAUCUUCACUCCCGGUCUCUGAUGUCAAUUGGGAAUAUGCAUAUAUUUUUAUUCGAUAAUUUACAACACUAGAAUACUAAUAAAAAAAUAUUAAAGGUACAAAAAGGAACUCAACAUUUUUAAAUACAAUUGGUUUUAACGCUCGACGUCAUAGUUCUACACUUACAAAUGAAUGAAGAGGAUUGGUGGAUAUUUGACAUUUGCGGCCAUACUUUUGCGUCAUAUUAGUUCUGGCCAAUAGCAUCGCUUUUCACUUUCAAUUAUUUCAAUUAAUAUGCAUACACCCUAUUGACAUCGUCAGAUUUGAACGUGGUCCAAUUAAAUCUACCUCAUACAAUAAUAGGCAAAGUAAGUUCAUAAUUUUUAUUGGCAUUAAAACUAUAAGCAACAUAUUUUACACAAUGACUAUACCUUAGUAGUAAUUCACAAACAAUAAAAAGCUAUAGUAAUAAAAAAAUAUUUAUCAUCCGAUAAAAUAAACGUAAUUUAUUUAUUUAAAAAUAUAUCUUUAAUAUAAUUCUUAAGACAACAAAACUUAUACAAUUAAUUAGUUCUUAACGUAGUAAAGUAGCACAAUCAAUUAUAUAUUUUUAUAAGUUUCAUGUUAAUUAUAAAUACAAUAAGUGUUAUUUAUCAAACUACAAAUAGACUAGUCCCGCUAAGACCAUAAAUCGUUGAAUAUUAUCAUUUUUGGCGAUCAUUAACUUCUACAAAGAUCUAUACAUUAAUAAUAAAAAUAAUUAAAAUCUAUUUUUUUUUUGUUCUGGUUACAAAUGUUAAAACUAUUCCAUUAAGCAAGCGUGAAAUUUUAUUCACAUUAUAUUACAUUUUUGGUCCUUUAGAAGAGAGACUUCAAAAAAUGGCUCGCAUUUUGCGUGUGCGUACACAAGUGACGUCAUUUAUCGCGAACUGACCUGUCAAAGAGAACGUAGUAGAAAGGAAUAGCAACUUUAUAUAAAAGAAAACAAUGUUGAAAACGUAGAUCCGCAUGACUUUUUUUAUAUGAAAAUAAGGGACGAGACGAGCAGGACGUUCAGCUGAUGGUAAUUGAUACGCCCUGCCCAUUACAAUGCAGUGCCGCAUUAUUGAAAAACGCCUCAUUUGCCCAGUAAUUUCACUAGCUACGGCGCCUUUCAGACCGAAACAAUAUUCCUUGGACAUUGCUGCUUCACGGCAGAAAUAGGCGCCGUUGUGGUACCCAUAAUCUAGCCGGCAUACGGUGCUAAGAAGCCUGACUUUUAAGAUCUAACUCAUGUCUACUAUUAAUAUCAAUCAAUCACUAAAAUUAUGGUAUUAUUUAAUUUAAGCCGAAAGUAAAAUUCCGUAUAUUUGUCUCAAAAUAAAAUUAAAAAUACAGCUAUCCGGCCUGUUACGUGAAUCAAACAUUGUAAAUAAUCUCACAUCUAUAUAAAUACAGUUCGAAUUCGUUAGCGUCGUUCGAUUAUUUUUAUCCGUCAUUGAAGUGACGUCACGAGCAGUGGCCAUGGUGUUAUCGCGUGAAUUUGUAAACUUUCAUAUACAGUUGGUCAAUAUCAUACCAUAUAUAAUAUAUUGGUUCAAAAUAUGUUGUAGCGUAGAUUUAUUUAUCCGCGCCAACGAACAGAUACUCUGAUAUUUUUUUUUAAAACAAGUGAAGAGACAACGUCUAUUCUAAACAACAUCGCAAUUACGCUCGUCACUUUGAAACAUUGUUAAGGCGACACUAAAUGCCGGCGACCUUGAGCGAUAUGAGUUCACGGCUCCUAUGUAACAAAGCCAAUAUUUUCAAAAUUCUUGCGUCGAAAAUGUAAAAUUUUAACAGGCGCAAACUGCUUAAUUGCUUACAAUCCUCAUUAUUGAUUACUAAUCUGAAUAAAUGUACCUACAUAAAAAAGUAAACUCUAUAAGAACAACUUUUAUGAUAGUACUAAACAAAUGCAUGAUGCCGAGAAAAAACUUGUUUAACUGCAAAGAAAACUGGUAGUUCAUAAUAGCUCUGGAGUGCUAGCUUUCACCAACAAUAAGCAUUACCAACCUACAAGUAAGACUUAAGGGUAUGUGUAACAGGAUAAAGUAGAGUCCAUAGCUCCAAAUCCUAUAUUUUCACCACAAAACUUGUCUAAAAACAUCUUGUUUGCAUGUUUUCUGUUUACCCUUCGCCUUAAGUCUCAUUAGCCCAGUAAUUCCACUAGCGACGGCCCUUCAAAUCGAAACACAAUAAUACUUUUACACACCCAGGCCAAUAAACGAAUCUAAAAUGGCUGCCACCUAUGAUUCGCUCUCACUCGCACAUAUAACAUCACCUAUCCGCCAUCCCUUUUUCGUUGUCAGACCGACCUAUUUCGCCGCCAUUUUACAUUAAAUACUGUACAUACUACCCGGUUACAUUAUCUCUAGACCUGACGUCGAUGGAGUCACAUCGUCGCUUUGGUACGGUGUGCAAAACAAGCAUCACUAGGAUAUUAUUAUUAAUAAAUAAACGAUUUAUUUUGUCAGUAUUAUAGAUUGAUGUUAAGGUGUUGUAUUGUAAUGCUGAUAAUUAUCAUUAUAAUGAUGAAAAAUCUAUUAAAAAAUCUAUUAAGUAAAUAAAGAUUUUAUUUAUCUGUUACAAGUAUUAUAGCGACACAGAACAACAGAAACUACAGAACUAUCAACAAGUCAAAAUGUUACAAUGAAAACUUCAAAAACAAACAAGUGAUAGCACCUGAUGAUGAUGGUAAUGAAACUGCAAACUGUACUGACGCAACAGGACGAGCGCGAGGGGGUGAAAGGGGAAUGGUAGGCUUCACGUUCCUGCGAGGUCCAGAGAUAAUAUGGCUAUGUAGUAUAUACAGUUACGCGGCAGAAAAACACAUGCCGCAAUCUUGCGAAAUGCGUGUUAAGGCGACACUAAAUGCCAGCAACCUUGAGCGAUAUGAGUUCACGGCUGCCGGCCCGCCAUCUAUGUAACCAAGCCAAUAUUUUCAAAUUUCUUGCGUGGAAAACAGUUUAUAUGCUUACAAUCCUCGUUAUUCACUACUAAUCUGCUAAAUGAACCUACACAAAAAAGUACAAGCUAUAAGACUAUAACUUUUCUGAGAGAAGUACCAAAAAAAUGCGUCACGCCAUGCCAAAAAACUUGUUUAACUUCAAAGAAAUGUGGUAGUUCAAAAAGGCUCGGCAGUGUUAACUAUAAUCAACAGCGAGCAUUAGCAACCUACAAAUAAGACUUAAGGAUAUGUGUAACAGGAUUAAGUAGUGUUCAUAGCUCGAAAUGCUAUACUUUCACCACAAAACUUGUCUAAAAACACCAUGUUUGCGUGUUUUCUGCUUACUCUUCGCCUUAAUCACCGUACAUUUAUGAUAUAACCAAAUGCCAGCCGAUGGCAACAUACCGGAAUAUCAUAAUUGAUUGCUCAUGUUUAAGCGACUUAAUACAAUCAGUGUUUACACGCGUGUAAACAUGUAUUCCAAGUCAAUAAAAUAAUAAUUAUAAAUGGCCACGAUAUACAGUCAUAAAGAGGACUCUAUAAAUCUAUAAUACAUAAAAUUGUUUUAUUUUUUUAAAUUUCAAACAAUUUAGAUCAAUGUAAUAAUACAUAAUAUUAUGAAAAAAAAUACUUUUAUAACAAGACUAGCUGACCCAGCCAACGUUGUAUUGCCAAUAUUAAAAUCGCGAUAAAAAAGUAACUGAUGAUCGUAGAUGGGUGAAAAUUUGAAAUGGUAUGUAUUUCUUAAUGCGGACUCAUAAUCAAACAAAUAUAAAAAAAAAAAAUGAAAUUUGGCGUGGAGCACACUUAACAUUUAGGGGGAUGAAAAGUAGAUGUUGUCCGAUCCGGCGCCGUGAAGCAGUAAUGUGUAAAUGUGUGUAGUGAAAUUACUGGGCAAAUGAGACUUAACAUCUUAUGUCUCAAGGUGACGAGCGCAAUUGUAGUGACGCUCAGAAUUAUUGGGUUUUUCAAGAAUCCUGAGCGGGACUGUAUUGUUAUGGGUAGGGCGUAUCAAUUACCAUCUGAGCUGAACGUCAUGCUAGACUCGUCCCUUGUUUUCAUUAAAAAAAAAACAGCAAGUUUUCUUUUAAAAAAAUUCAAUGUACAGUUUUACUUAGUUACGGUUUUAUUGUGUAUGUAAACAUUAUCUGUGAACGAAAAUGAUUUAAGCCCAUUCAAAGAAUCUUCUUUAAGCUUUUAUUUCAAAAUUUCGGAAUCGUUUUUCGUCGUGUUAAAAGAAACGACAUAGAUACCUAUGCUGACGGUACACUUUUACGCGUUAAUUUACAUUUACUUUUUUGACUUAAUCGUGUAAGGCAUUACUUUUAAGUACUUGUCGAAUGAGUAUUUUUACUGCGACACUUUACAUAUUAUAUUGUAGUUAAAAUGAUUUGAGUUUUCUUUAGUGUUAAUUCCGCCAAUAUUUGUCGUCGGCACGUGUUUCGCCUCUACACGAGGCAUCCUCAGGACGUGUUGUCCCGCCAAAAUCUGGCACGAGCUCGUGGCGAAACACGUGUCGAAUUGUUUAAAGACAAAUAUUGGCGGAAUUAACACUAAAGAAAACUCAAAUCAUUUAUAUAAUAAUGGAUUUCCGCAAAGUAACGCCUACUUCAAUAAAUUUUCUUAAAAUGAUUUGUAAAACAAUGAAGCUGUAAAUAUUGAUUUAAAAGAGUGAUAACGAGUUUUUUGUCACUUCUUCUAAUUAACGCUCAUCCUUUUUCGAAGUGGCGGUACCUAAAUGUAAAAAGAAAACUUGACAUUCAUUAGUGUCAUUUCCUUGACCUACACGAAUAAAGCGAUUUUGAUUUGAUUUGAUUCACGAGGCGAGAUGAAUACUUAAUACCAGGCUCGUUUGUCCUCCAAUAAAUAUCGAGCAGUAGAUUUUAUAAAUUAUAAUUAUUACUGUUGCCAUUAAUUUUCCAAUUACAACAUACACAUUUUUAUAACAAUUGAUAGGAAAUCGCAUUGUUAUCUGUUUUCCUGUUCAUUUUCUAAACAAAUCUUUGCUUACAUUUAAGAGAUCUUGAUUUUACAAUGAUUAAAAAAAUAUAGGCUUUCUUAUACUGCUAAGAGACUCUUAUAAGUCUUUCCACGAACUAUUAGUUAAAGAAGUGAAUGAAGGAUUUGUAUCAUUCUAUGUAUUAAUUCAGUUCCCGUAUGCGUCGGCCGCAAAUCUCAGAAAACAGUUCAACUGCGGUUAUGUUUACUCUGUGAUAUCAUAGAUGGCGCUGUACUUAAUUGUGCAUUUAAUGAAAUACGCGAUCACAUUUUAGUGUAAUACGUAAAUGUUGGUAUGUUUAUUCAACUCUCAGGUUGUGGCGCCAUCUACAGGAUCUACAUUACAGUUGAGAACCUGCUAAACCCCAAUAUUUGCAUAUUAGGAAAUUGACCAGAGAUAUCGCUCCCAAAUCUUAACUGUAUGUUAUUUUCUAAUCACCUCUGCGAAAAUUCACUCUUGACUAUAAAUUAAAUAUGACUUAAGAUGUUCAACUUUUAUUAAGACUCUGACUAUGCCUUUAAUAUCGCGCAAGUGGACGCACUACGCAUUAAGCUGGCAAAGUUUUAUCGCAAUCGUUUGCACGGUACAGCACCGUAUGAAAUACGAACGAACAAAGAUUCAUAUUUUGUUCACUGACACGUAAAGACUGUAAACGGUGUCGCAUUUCAAUAAUAGGCCAGUUUCAAAUAUCAAAAUUAAAAUAUUUGUUAUUUAUAGUGUUUUUAUCAUAAUAAAUACGAAUUCAAAACAA